AUGGGUUCCAACACAGUGGAAAACACAAUUUCCGUUGUAUCCUUUUUACUACUUAUUUGGAGCUUUGGCGUUGAAGCUCAACUGUCACCUAGUAAUUUUUAUAACGCAACAUGUCCAAAUGCGCUCACCACCAUUCGUACCGUCAUCCGAUCAGCCAUCUCCAGCGAGCGUCGGAUGGCCGCGUCCUUGAUUCGAUUACAUUUUCAUGAUUGCUUUGUUCAGGGAUGUGAUGGAUCAAUAUUGCUUGAUCAAACUUCUACCAUUCAAAGCGAAAAGUUUUCAUUGGCAAACAAUAAUUCAAUCAGAGGUUUCAAUGUGAUUGAAAAUGCUAAGAGCGAGGUCGAAAAAAUUUGCCCUGGGAUCGUUUCUUGCGCUGACAUACUUGCUGUUGCUGCCAGAGAUUCAUCUGUGGCGAAUUUCUACAGUUCAUCGUGUCCUAAUGCGCUCUCCACCAUCCGGUCGGUUGUCCGAUCAGCCAUCUCUCGUGAGCGUAGGAUGGCCGGAUCCCUGAUUCGCCUUCAUUUUCAUGAUUGUUUCGUUCAGGGUUGUGAUGCAUCAAUUAUGCUCGAUGAAACUUCCACCAUUGAGAGUGAGAAAACCUCAAUUGCCAAUGUAAAUUCAGCCAGGGGUUUCAACGUGAUUGAGGACGCUAAACGUGCGGUCGAGAAGAUCUGCCCUGGAGUUGUUUCCUGCGCUGACAUUCUUGCUGUUGCUGCCAGAGAUUCUUCUGCUGCUGUUGGCGGUCCAUCAUAUAGUGUGCAACUUGGAAGAAGAGAUUCCACAACUGCAAGCCGCACUCUUGCUAACCGUGAUCUCCCUAGUCCAUUUGCCGAUCUUCAGUCUCUUAUUGACUUAUUCGACAGAAAGGGUCUCAACGCCAGAGAGAUGGUCGCGUUAUCAGUGUGCAUAGAAAUUGAAUUCAUUGUUUUGUUCUUUGGGAACAUGAUAGAGUUUCAAAUGUGUCAAUAA